AUGCCUGAUGCGGUGCCUGUCCCGCUGGCCCCGUGCCGGACACGGUGCCCCGUCUUGCCAUCCCCGUGCCCGUCUCGGUGCCUGCAGGCGGAGAACCUGCUGCUGGACGCCGACGCCAACAUCAAGAUCGCCGACUUCGGGUUCAGCAAUGAGUUCACGCUGGGCUCCAAGCUGGACACCUUCUGCGGGUCCCCCCCCUACGCCGCCCCCGAGCUCUUCCAGGGCAAGAAGUACGACGGCCCUGAGGUCGACAUCUGGAGCCUGGGCGUCAUCCUCUACACCCUGGUCAGCGGCUCCCUGCCCUUCGACGGCCACAACCUCAAGCUUAAUUAA